ACCGCAUCAUACACAUUACAUCACUGGUUCUUCGAAUCAAAAUACCUAUCUCGAAACAAUCGACCGGUGUCCGGUGCAAGUGAUCGUGUGUCGCCAGAUACGACCGGCUAUGUCUGUAACUUCUAAAGUUGUCUUUCUGGGAGCUUGCGUUGGCUCAAUUAGUAUUAUAGGCUACGUGCAUUACAAACAAAAUUACGACAGGGCCAAGUUGCACGAAGGUGUAAUACGCGACGUUCAACGGCAACAGCAAAGAAAAAUCGAAAAUACCUACAACCUGCAGCAACAAAUCGAGCUCACGAAACAACUUAAACAACAGUUAGAUCAAAGGGAGCUUUCAACAAUGGAGAAACAUCAGUGACUCAAUCUACUUUGCUCCUGUGAUUAGAUUUAACACAAGUUAUAUUUGUUUAGAUAUAAAUAGUAUAUACUACACGUUGAAA